CAUUUAGCUCUUUCUGAAUGGCUGCUCUCUUGAGUUGUUCGGCAAUUAUUUUGAUUUUCGCUAUAAUUCCGUCUAUAUCUACUUCUGGACACCUUCGUCUUGAUAUAAUUUCAUCAAAUAAUUGUGCACUUUGUCUCAUCUCCGAAGAUCUUCAGUCAGAAGUUAUUCAUUUAAAGAUAGGCAAUUCAGAAACUUAUAAUGUUCAAACUUUGGCUAAAGUUUCUAUCAAUUUUAAUGUUGGAGUCGGAAAAUCUGCAACACAUACUUUUGGAAUGAAACCUGUUGGGCAAAAGACUCGAGAUAUUUUUGAAUUUGGAGAAAUAGUUAUUCUUGUGCUCUCAACUUUUGAAUGUGAUGAAGGAUUUACUGGGUCUGAAUGUGAACUUUUUGAUGCCAAUAAAACCUCGACAAUAAUACCUAUUCCAAUUACUACUAAAAUCUCUUCACAAGCGCAAGAAUUAUUCCGUAUCGAUAGAUCAUCAAUUUCCUUCAACAUUAUCAUUUGCAUCGUUUUGGCAUUUAUCGUCAUUGUUUUGUUCCUCAUCACAUAUGCUCUUCACUCGACUUUUCGGCGUCAGAGUUUCUACAUUGAUCCAGUUUUCUAUUGCGAGUCGCUGAAAACAAGAAAUAGUGAUUCAACAAGAUACGAUGGUUUUCCAAACGAGUCAGGCUUGACUGAUGCCACAUAUGAAUCCAUUUCCUAACUCGCACUGUAAUUUUUCGCCGUGUAGUUAUAACUUAUUAAUUGUAAAAAUCUUUUAAUAAAAAUGAAUAUUAAUAAUCUU